AUGAUGAGCGUGGAUGGUGGCCCAUUGUAUUCAGGAUGGCUUUUUCUGAACGGCAGCGAGACACCUCACGGCCCGAUGAAAUCCGAUAAGGAAAUGGAAGAGUCCUUGGUCUCGUCUCUAAAACAUAUCCCGAAGAUAGCCUCCUCUCGGUUCAGUCGUCGCCUGCCCAUGUGUGCACCAUAUACGCUUACCCAUGGCGACCUGAACAUUGGAAACAUUGUUGUCAAAGAUGGAGAACUAGCUGGUAUACUUGUCUGGGAGUACGCUGGGUAUUUCCCGGUUUGGUGGGAAUACGUGGCAACGAAAAUUGGGUUUGACGAAGAUGAUGCGGAAUGGAAGGCCCUUCUUAGUGAACACCUCCAUCCCUUCGACCAAGCCGCAGGGUUGGAUUUCUAUUCUUUGUCCAAGACUUGCAACUUAGAUGAGCGAGGGCAAACCCUCCUUAACCUCUUAAUCAAUGAAAAUAAAUGA